AAGGAAAAUUCCAGAGAUCCAGCUGGUGAACACUGCUCGCUCUCACAGGAUGAAGAGUGGUUUUCUGCUGAGCUUUAGUAUAUAGAUAAUAUGCCAACGAAGUGCAGGAAAGUUAAAGAGCUCUCGGACGGUCGGGAAUCUGUAGCCAAGGAGAAAAUGAUGAGCUGGUUAAGAAAGCCAGAAAUCACUUCACCAAUUAGGUUUCUGUGUCUGUUGAGUAGUCUGUUCGUUCUCGUAGCUCUCAUCAAGCUUUUUCACAAAAUAUGGUGGAUUCCGACUCGCAUACAGAAGCUGAUGGCUUUGCAGGGGAUCAAGGGUCCUUCUUACAGACUUGUUCAUGGAAACACCAAAGAAAUCUCCAGCAUGAAACAAGAAUCUAUGAGCAGGCCCAAGAGUUUCUCACAUGACGUAGUUUCUCAAGUUCACCCUCACAUUCCCUCCUGGACCAAGACAUAUGGGAACGUUUUUCUUCAAUGGUAUGGUUCCCAAGCUCAGUUGAUUGUAAAGGAACCUGAGUUAUGCAAAGAGAUACUGAAUAACAGACAUGGAGCUUUUGUAAAACAAAAGGCUCAAGGGAUGAUAAAGAGGCUGUCGGGAGAUGGCCUCCCAAGAUCAGAAGGUGCAAAAUGGUUAAAAAUGCGCAAGCUGGCCAACCAGACCUUCCAUGGAGAGAGCCUAAAAAGUAUGACUCCAGCAAUAAUAGCAAGUGCUGAGACGAUGCUAGAGAAAUGGAAAAGUCACGAAGGCAAAGAGAUUGAGGUGUUUGAAGAAUUUACGUUGCUGACAUCAGAAGUAAUUGCUAGGACUGCGUUUGGGAGCAACUACUUAGAAGGGAAGAAUAUUUUUGAGAUGUUGAGGAAAUUAGGCGACUUAAUAUCCAUAAAUCAUCUCAAACUCCGGUUUCCUUGGAUGAGUAAGUUCUUCCCAACCCGCAAUGAUAUCGAAUCAGAGAAGCUUGAGAAAGGAAUACGCCAGAGCAUAAUAGAGAUCGUUGUUAAGCGAGAAGAACAGGCACGACUGACUGGAGAAUUUGGGACUGAUUUUCUAGGGUUACUUGUAAAGGCUCACCAUGACACCGAUGAUAAGCUGAGGAUUUCGGAGGAUGAAGUGUUGGACGAGUGCAAAGCAUUUUACCUUGCUGGAGAACUAACAACAAAAACUUUGCUCGCUUGGACUAUUUUUCUUCUCGGACUUCAUACAGAUUGGCAAGACAUAGCAAGGAGGGAGGUCCUUGAAUUGUUCGGAAAACAAAUUCCGAAUCAUGAUGCUCUUGGCAAACUGAAAACUAUGAGCAUGAUCAUCAAUGAGUCUCUGAGGUUAUAUCCACCUAUUGCUCAUAUUAUAAGGAACGUGGAUAGGGACGUUAAGCUGGGAAAGCUCAAAGUUCCUGCUGGUGUUGAAGUUAUCGUUCCAAAUCUAGCACUUCAUCAUGACCCUGAAUUAUGGGGAGAAGAUGUAGAGCUUUUCAAGCCAGACCGGUUCUCGGAAGGAGUUGCUAAAGCUACUAAGAAUAACAUAGCUGCGUUCUUACCUUUUGGAAUGGGACCUCGAAUUUGUGCAGGCAUGGACUUGGCGACCACUCAAACAAAGAUUGUUCUGUCGAUGGUUCUGCAGCGCUACCACUUCACUCUUUCCCCGGGUUAUGUGCACUCGCCCUGUGAUAAGCUUGCAAUUUGUCCACAACAUGGAGUUCAAGUAAUCCUACAACCACUGUGAAGCGUGAUCAAACUAUUAAUGAGAUGGAGACUACUCAGUUGCCAAUAAAUCUUACAACCGCGUGAAACACUUCUUGAUUACGGACGGAAUGUGGCUUCUCAAUAAUGUCUACGUGGCCGAUUUACAUAACUUUACGCUUAUGAUCAGAAUAACAAGCUACACAUCUUUAGUGCCA